CGAGGAGGAAGAGGAGGAUGAGGGUGAAGAAGAGCUGAUUUCAGUUCGGAGCCGCUGAGCUGAAACUGGAAACUUCCGCAUGUUUUUCUGAAGCUUUUCCUCAUCCGAGCAGACUUCCUGUCCCGCCAUGGGCGACAUCUUGGAUUCGGCGGCCGGCUCUCUGGGUCUGUUCAGCAGUUCCUGCCUCACCAAGGUGGAGCUGCGCCUCACCUGUAAGGGCGUGGCGGACCGGGACGCGCUCUCCAGGCCCGACCCCUGCCUCGUCCUCAACAUGCAGUCCCACGGCCGUUGGAUGGAGGCGGACCGGACGGAGGUGAUCCGCAGCUGCGUCAACCCCACCUUCUCCAAGGUAUUCACCUUGGACUUUUAUUUUGAAGAGGUGCAGCGGCUGCGCUUCGAGCUGUUCGACAUCAACAGCCACAACGGGGCGAAGGAGGCCGACUUCCUGGGCUCAGUGGAGUGCACCCUGGGACAGAUCGUCUCCCAGAGGAACCUGUCCAAAGCUCUGCUCCGACCCGGAGGAAUCGUCGGAAAAACCAUCAUCACGAUCACAGCAGAAGAGCUGACGGGGAACGAUGACUACAUCGAGCUCUCCUUCAGUGCCAGGAAGCUGGACGACAAGGACUUUUUCAGUAAAUCGGAUCCGUUCCUGGAGAUCUACAGAGUGAACGACGACGCCACCAUGCAGCUCGUCUACAGGACUGAGACGGUCAUGAAUAAUCUGAAUCCGAUUUGGAAAACCUUCAAAGUGUCUCUGAACUCACUCUGCAGCGGAGACCAUGACAGAAAGCUGCAGUGCACCGUGUGGGACUGGGACUCCAACGGGAAACACGAUUACAUCGGAGAGUUCGAGGCGUCCUUCAAGGAGAUGAGAGGCGCCAUCGACGGCCGGCAGGUCCAGUGGCCGUGCAUAAAUCCCAAAUACAGAACCAAGAAGAAGAACUACAAGAACUCUGGGAUCGUCAUCCUGAACCAGUGCAAGAUCAUCAAGAUGCAUUCCUUCCUGGAUUUCAUCAUGGGGGGCUGUCAGAUACAGUUCACUGUGGCCAUCGACUUCACGGCGUCCAACGGCGACCCCCGGAACAGCUGCUCCCUGCACUACAUCCACCUCCAGCCCAACGAGUACCUGAAGGCGCUGGUGGCCGUGGGCGAGAUCUGCCAGGACUACGACAGUGAUAAAAUGUUCCCAGCGUUUGGCUUCGGAGCCCGGAUCCCUCCAGACUUCAAGAUUUCCCACGACUUCGCUGUGAAUUUCAACAAGGACAACCCGGAGUGUGCAGGUAUCCAGGGUGUGGUGGAGGCGUACCAGGCCUGCCUACCCAAGCUGCAGCUCUACGGCCCCACAAACAUCGCCCCCAUCAUCCAGAAGGUUGCCAAGUCCGCCUCGCAGGAGGUCCACACCAAAGAGGCCAUGCAAUACUUCAUUCUGCUGAUCCUGACUGACGGCGUCAUCACCGACAUGGCCGACACCAGAGAGGCCAUCGUCCAGGCCUCCCAUCUUCCGAUGUCCAUCAUCAUCGUCGGGAUUGGGAACGCUGACUUCGGUGACAUGCAGAUGCUGGAUGGGGAUGACGGGAUCCUGCGGUCGCCCAAAGGAGAACCCGUCCUCCGGGACAUCGUCCAGUUUGUCCCCUUCAGCAACUUCAAACAUGCGUCUCCGGCUGCUCUGGCUAAGAGCGUGUUAGCAGAAGUGCCCAACCAGGUGGUUGACUACUACAACAGCAAGGGCAUCAAGCCCAAAGUGCCCAGUGAAUACCCGUCUUCCAGGCCAUUCGGCCCCUGAACUGCAUCACCACAGCAGACCAACCUCACUAAAUGUUUACUGUCUUGUGUUUUUUGUCAAAGCGGAUGCUAAAGAUGAUGCACACAGUAUUUACCCAUGAGGCAUUGGGGUCACCUAUCCUUGAACCAGUUGGCCUUCACAGUUUUGUCAUGGGGGACCAAGUCUAGGAACCACUUGGUUCCUGUUUUGCUGCUGCCAGUUUAGUACUUUAAAUGAUGUCAUCAACUGAAACAUUUGCUGCCUUUCAUAUCCAAUAACAAUUCCCAAUGGCAAGCCCCUUAAGCGGCACUCGUCUUCCUCUCUGGAUGAAGGUGAAGAUGCUGCUGUUCUCCUGGUAACUGCUGAAGAUCAUAAGACCUGUAGAUCCAAAGUCCAUCUGAUCCCCCCUAGAUAGGCGUCUGAAAGGUUCAGUCAACAUUUCCAUUGAUCAUUUAUUUGUUGAAACGAAACCUUGAGAGGUUUUGACAUCCCAGAACUAAGAACAUAGUUGAACAAAGAAUAGGCAGUUGGACCUCCAGAAGGAGCAGUUUGGUUUCCGUCUGGCCAGGGAACACUGGACCAGCUCUACAUCCUCCGCAGGGUGCACAAGGGCUUAUGGGAGUUUGCCCAACUGGCCCACAUUUGUUUGAGCUCAAGAAGGCUUUCAACCAUGUCCCUCACGGGUACCUGUAGGAGUCCUCCAUGAGUAUCCAGGGACCUUCAUUAGGGAUUCUCUGCACAGGCGUCACUGACACUAAGCUGUUUCUGGUGCAUGUUGAACUCCGGUGAAGCUGCCGUUUAUCACCAGUCCUGUUCAUGAAGGGCCUGACAUGUAGGAGGCGAUCUCGCUCCCUCUCCAUUUAUUUCCUGUGGGACUUGCGCAAUGAGGCAACAAUCACUUGCAUUCGUCCAGAAAAAUUUGUGGCUGGGAAACAAGUUGACAUAUACACCCGGCACGUUGCUAGUGUUGCUGUCAUAUUCCUCACAUUGAGCCCAUAACUUAUAUGGACAGGAUUUACAGGCGUAGCCGAGUGCCGAGAAGGCUGAGUUUGUUAAUCUGUGGAUUGUUUUAUACGAAUGAUGUGGCUCUGCUGGCUUUUUCUGGCCUAGAGCUACAGAAUUCACUAGGACGAUUCACAGCCAAGUGUCAGACACCUGGAAGUCUGAGACGAUGGCCGGGCCGCUUUGGCCUCUCCGGGUUGGAGGGACGUUCCUCCCUCAAGUGGAGGAGUUCAUCCAUCUUGUGGUCUUGUUCAUUAGUAAAGGGAGGAUGGAUAAGGAGAUUGAUAGACAUGCGAUGUGGACACUGCAUGGGUCCACUGCGGUGAGGAGAGAGCGGAGUCAGAAAGCAAGACUUUCAAUGUGCCGGUUGGUCUACGGACCAUCCUUGACUGCACGGUUGGAGAAAUCCUGCCUCUUCUUUACUUACAAGUCAUCACAAUGACCAGAAAGUCAAACAGUCCUCAGAGUUUUGCUGGGUUUUUGCCGGUCCGGUGGAAGCUGAUGGCAGAAGCUGUGAGAGGUCAGAGGUUUCAGAAAUGACAUGUUGGGUACUUGUAGUGUCUUGUCUGAUGGAUUUGACCAGAAUCAGAACUGGACCUUGACAUCAGUGGACUUUCAGAGGACGUUCCUGCAGGAUCGUUGGAUGGUUGAGCUGUUUCUAUGGUCAGGAGGUCAUGACACCACCCACUUCCUUUGAGCUAGCUGGCCAUGCCACUUGUGCAGGAAGUCAUUGACCACAAGGUGUCACGCUCCGCUACAAUUAAUGUCACUAUGUUGGUCCUGAAACUGUGGAAAACAACCUCUGAGCAUCUUCACAUGAACCAUACAGGCUUCACCAGCUGAGAAGGUCUUUGCAGACAGCAGCUGGUAGAACCUGCCUCUCCUUGAGAGGUUCACAGGUGACCCCGUCUCACCUGCUCCAUCUGAUUCUCCUUGUUGGAUCACUGCCUGUUGCUGGUUGACGUCCUCCACCUUCAGAAGAAGGAGCUCAGAGCAGAUCCCACCUGAACCUGUGUGGCACUACCUCACACCUCACCACAGUGUCUCUGUCCUCACGUCCUCAUCCAGGACUUCAGUUCCUGUCUUGGUUCUUUCUCUGUUCUCUGUGGAUCCACAAGGACAGAGCAAAUCCUUUGGAGCUUCUCUAAGGUUCUUCAGAUUUUCACCACCAGAAAGCUGUAGAGCUUUUCCAGGGAGGUUCAGUCAGCCGGUAAUUUGCACAGUGUAGCUGGAUUAGCUCAGCGUGAAUCAGGAAGUUCUCAUCACAGUUUUCACGUUUUGGAGAUUCUGCAAGUGACUCUGAGGUCAACGGGCUCCAUGAGGUCCAUCCACCUGGUGACUGUUGCUGUUUGGACCUGUCCAAGUAUUCCAGAGCUUGUAGGAUAAACACACCAUUUGCAUCUGACUUUUUACACUGACUGGACUCGCAAGAUCGAUUAUUUGUGCCAGAGAAAGCAUCGGUCUUAGUUGGAGGCCUGUAGACUCACUCACAGGGCGACGCCAGCAGUCUGUGUGUCAUCUUUAACAUGUGUACAUCGGCUGAUCUGAUGUUUUGGUCUUCAACUGUCAGAUCUCAGGACUAUUCUGGUCGGAACUAAUUAUCAAUUUGACGGGAACAUCAUGAAUACGAUAGGAAGUGUAAAACAAUAGCCACACAAAUACCAACUGAAGUCCGUUACUAUCAGAAAAGGCUGAGACUCUUUUCUGAUCCUUCCUAGUGUUUACAUUGGCAAGACUUCUGGUUCAAACUCUGGUCUGAAUAAUGGAUCUAGUCCAGUGGUCUGUAGACCGGCCGCCGGUCAGAGGCUUCCUGAUCAGAUGCAAGCGGUGUGUUCUGGCUGUCAUCCGCCCAGCAGGAACCUUUUGGAGGAAACAUCAUGAGGUUUCUGCCCCAGUUCAGGUCAGACUUUAGCCGUGUGUAAAAAUGCUCAGUGCAGCACCUUGAGCAUCCGCUGUGCAUGCAGAGCCGACGACGGCCGAGAGCAGAAAAGCUCACAAACUCAACGUGACCAAUCGGAGCGCCGCCUGCCUGCAGACAGCAUGCCGAGCAGGGAGGCGCUUCAUGUUCCCUGCUGUUGUUAUUACACUGUGUUGGUGUUUUGCUAAACUUUUGUAUUUUACAAAGCAUUUUGUAGAUGAAGAGCUGCCUUCAGAGACGUUUGCAUCCUCAGCCGUCCCUCACGCUGCGGCGGACGCAUGGCGUGUUGUUGUGCAUGCGGGCGACGAGCCCCUCUGUUCUCCAGCAUGUUCAGGAAACCAUGUGAGUAGAUUUAAAAGCACAAACUGAGUAUCUCUGCAGAAACCGUCUGUUGGACUUCCAGGUCCGUUUCCCAGCUCUAGAACCCGACCAGAACCCUCAGUGUAAAUUAACUUGAGAAAUAAUGAGAUUUUAAAAACUGUUUUUAAAGCCAGAGAAUGAUGAAAUGUUACAAGCCGUACAUGUCAUUGAAACGGAUCAGAACCAGAGUUACAUUUCCCGUCCAGCGCCGGGCAACUGGGCUCAGCUGAUGGACGGAACCAGGGGAGUUCAGCUUUUAUUCUCCUCGCUCUGUUUCUGUCUGACUGCCGCCAGCCACAGAAAACAUGGUUAUAUAAGCUGCAGCGUGCGCGUGUAAGCAGACAGAAGAGGCUAAUCGACGGAUCGGACGAGGAAAGGACAGAAUCCGUAACGCUUCUGUCCGUCCUCAUGUCUGUCUGACUGAAACCGGGUCCGAUUCGGCAGUUUGGACAUUUUUCAUCUCAGAAACUUUCCCACAUUUUUUACAUCAUCAGUCCAUGGAAAGUGACUCUAGACCAGGAGUCCACAAACCUUUCAACCUUUAACCCCCAAAAAUAGAGCCAGAGUCCUGACCUCUGACCUGGUGACCCUGUUACAUUAUUUAUCUGUAGUUAUGUAUGGAUUUGUUUUGAUAUUUGAUUUCAUCAUUUAAAACAUGGCUGUCGAACUAACGUUCCUUUCUAAUGUCUAGAGGGCCCCAGAGAAAACUAAGGCGGGCCGAAUUUGGCCCCCGGGCCUCUGGUUGAACACAUAAUGUAAUAGUUCAAAUCCUGGGUUUGGAAACCGAUCUGAGCGAAACCUGGACAGGAAGUCCUGCUGUCCGUCCUUGUUGUUCUGAUAUACAGUCUGUAAAAAGUUUUUCCGCACAGCCUGCAGAAAAAAAACAACUUUGUUUUUAAUAAUUAUUUAAUUAAAAUGUAAAACCUG